AUGCCGCGUACCGGGCGAGUCGCCGGCAGUCCUCCGCCGUCGAUCGACGAGAAGGAACCCCCCGGUUCCACCCACAAAGAGCAUACCGACCCCGUCCCUGAAAAAGGCCUGGGGCUCCAGGCUGCUGAUGUUGAGACGGCAGCACAUGCGACUGGUGAUCCUGUCAAUAUCGACAAGGCGACGAACCGCCGUCUCUUCUGGCGGAUCAACCGUCGAAUUCUCGAUGGGAUGUUGAGGAUCGGCGGUAUCCUGGCCUGGGGUACGAGCCACUACAUCGGCCACGUCAUAUCCUGGAAAUUGCUCUUCCUUGUUCUUGGCGCCGCAACCUGUGCCUGGGGUCUCUUCCUGAGCUGGUACAUCCCCGACAGGCCGAUGAAAGCCAAAUGCUUCAGCGAGGCUGAGAAGCGGCUAAUGGUCGAGCGGGUGCGCGCCAACGACACUGGAAUCCAGAACAAGCAGUAUAAGCGCUAUCAAGCGGUCGAGGCGCUCAUGGAUUCAAUUGUUUGGUUAUGCGUGCUCCUCCAGCUGAGCAGCACCCUGGUUAUCGGUAGAUGGACGCAGUUGUUGAAUAUCGCGCAAGGCGGGGUGACCAUUGCCGUGAUGGUGGGUGGUGCGUCGCUGGCAACGUGGACGCGCCGGACGGUGAUGAUAAUGCAUCUGUGCACUUUCCCAGCUAUUGUCGGCACCGCCGUCAUCUACUCCAUUUCUCCUACCGCAGCAUCUAGAGUAGGCCUCCUGAUUGUCUUCUACUGCACGCAGUUCAUUCUCGUAGAGGGCAACCUCCUCUUCUCACUGAUAUCACGCAAUGUUGCCGGCCAGACCAAGAGGUCGACUGUGCUUGCGAUGACCUUUAUCGCUUGGGCUGCUGGGAACGCCACUGCUCCCCAGGUACAUACCGUAGCUACUCUCUUUCACUACCGCCUGUCUGUCAGCGCAGGUAUAACAGGUGAAACCACAUCUUCCAAUCUAGCGACGCCCCGCGUAUGUCUAUCAAGAAGGGUCGGUCAUCCUGGGGCGGGCAAGGCUGUGCUCCCAGUGGUGUUGCUCGAGCAGAUGGAAGGUGUCACCAUGUGCUUGUUUAGCAACCGGAUGCAAAUACCCGAACCAUCCAUAGGCACAGGCCGUAAUCUCAAGUAG